CAGUUGGAUGGGAGUCAGCAAAAAAAAAAAUGUAAGUCGGGAUCACUUCUGAUCGCAUCGAGACGCAAAAAGAGACUGGCCAAGAUGAGUGUGGAUUACAGAGAAUACGAUGAUUACACUGCGGAUAACGAGACAGAGACAAACUUCACCACUUUUGGCCCGCUGAACUUCGGCAGUCCUCGGUCUGCUUUCACAUCUCUUCUGGUGGCUUUCAACGUCGUUAUUUGCGUCGUGGGCCUGGCGGGGAACUCGCUGGUGAUCUGGAUCUGUGGAUGGAAGAUGAAAAGAACCGUGCCCACCACUUGGUACAUGAGCCUGGCCAUCUCCAACCUGCUGUUUUGCAUCUUCCUGCCCCUGGAACUGAUCUACAUGAUGACCUCGCACUGGCCCUUCGGACUGGUGCUGUGUAAGCUCAUGUCCUCCGCUCUGUUCCUCAACAUGUACAGCAGCGUCUUUCUCCUGGUUCUGAUCAGCGCCGAUCGCUGCGUGGUGGCGUCCUUUCCCGUGUGGUCGCGCAACCACCGCACGGUGCGGCGGGCCUCUGCGCUGGUCGUCCUCACCUGGCUCCUCUCGGCGCUCCUGACCUUGCCCUCGCUGAUCCACAGGCGCACCGCCCCGCACGGAGCCGUCACCCUGUGCGUCACGCAUUACGCCGACCCGCCCGGACACAAGGCGGUGGUGCUCACUCGCUUCACCUGCGGGUUCCUGCUCCCUUUCCUCGCCAUCGUACUGUGCAGCACGGUGCUCGGCGCCAAGCUAAGAGGCAUGAGCAUCAAGUCCACCAAGCCCUACAAGAUCAUGGCGGCGCUCAUCUUGUGCUUUUUUGUCUGCUGGGUUCCUUACCACACGUUUGUCCUCCUGGAGAUACACAUGAAGUCCCUCACCCUGGAGAGUUUCCGCACCGGGAUGAAAGUAGGGGUGACUCUGGCGGCCUCAAACAGCUUCGUGGCCCCGGUUCUCUACAUUUUCGUCGGAAACGAUUUCAGUCAAAUCCUGAGGAGCUCGCUGACGCAGAGGUUUGAGUCGGUGAUGGCGGAGGAUUUUCGUACCGGAGGCCUCGGUCGAGCUGUUUGAUUGGACGCACAAAACAUGUCAGUCAUUGGUACGGUUCCAUGAUUCCUAGUAUUCCUUCUUGAAAACAAAUUGUUUUGGUGAAAUACAUAGUAUUAACCUAACCCGGGGGUCUGCAACCCGUGGCUCUAGAGCCGCAAAAAUGUAUGAUGGGGGAAAAAAAAUAUUUCAAAUUUUAAUAUGGUUUCCUUAGAAGGACAAACCUGACACAAACCUUCCUAAUGGUUAGCAAUCCCACUGUUUAAAUUAAACAUGCUUGACUGAUUAGA